GCUUGAAAAUCUGGACCGUCGAUAUGUUCGACCGGUCCUCUUCGCCACACGCUUCUCGAUUGGUAAUCACUCUCUCAGUUACGGAGAGAUUCAUUUGAGAGUCUGGGCUUCUUCAAGCAUUUCCACUUUUUGUUCUUGAAUCUUCAAGGCGAACAGAAUGAGAUUUGUGAAGUUCAACAGAUUUAUUGCUCAAUUUAUUCGCCCAAGUGUGGUGAAUGAGCCUGGGAUUGCCGCUGCCGAAAUUAAGUCUUUGCCUAAACUUCUCCCAAAGCAUGGCCAGGAAAGAUAUGGUUCUACUGGCUCGGAAUUCCUCCGGACAUUUUUAUUUUCUGCUGCUGGAGCAUCAGGGCUUCUGAGCUGUACAGCAAUCGCUUAUGCAUCUGACGAGGCUGAGCAUGGAUUAGAGUCCCCUAACUACCCAUGGCCUCACAAAGGGAUCCUUAAUUCCUAUGACCAUGCUUCGAUUCGUCGUGGCCACCAGGUUUAUCAACAAGUUUGUGCAUCAUGCCACUCAAUGUCACUCAUUUCUUAUCGUGAUCUUGUUGGGGUGGCGUACACAGAAGAAGAAACUAAAGCCAUGGCUGCAGAGAUUGAAGUAAGUGAUGGGCCAAACGACGAGGGCGAGAUGUAUACCCGUCCAGGAAAGCUGAGCGACCGAUUCCCUGAACCUUAUGCAAAUGAACAAGCUGCUAGGUUUGCAAAUGGAGGAGCAUAUCCUCCUGAUUUAAGCCUUAUAACAAAGGCCCGCCAUAACGGUCAGAAUUAUGUUUUUGCUCUUCUAACUGGCUACCGUGAUCCCCCUGCUGGAGUCACGAUUAGAGACGGGCUUCACUAUAAUCCUUACUUCCCCGGUGGAGCAAUUGCCAUGCCUAAAAUGCUUAAUGACGGUGCUGUGGAGUAUGAAGAUGGCACCCCAGCAACAGAAGCACAGAUGGGCAAAGAUGUUGUAAGCUUUUUGUCGUGGGCUGCCGAACCCGAAAUGGAAGAGCGAAAACUGAUGGGAUUCAAAUGGAUAUUAGUUUUGUCGCUGGCGCUACUUCAAGCCGGGUAUUACCGGCGGUUGAAGUGGUCGGUGUUCAAGUCCCGGAAGUUGGUGCUGGAUGUAGUCAAUUGAGUGAAUGACACCUUAAAGGUAUGGUAUUAUUCCCAUCCCAUAUGUUAAACGUGAGAAAUUAUGUAUAAGAUGAUGAUACCUGAGGAUAAUCCUUUUGUAUGCACUAUGCAUGCAUGUUAAUGUUACUACUUAUUGUAUUGUACGAUGAUGUUUCUUGUGUGAUGUUGAGUUGUGGAAACAAAUAAGGUAUGAUGAAUGGAUGGCUCGAUGUUAUAUUGUU